UUCGAGUAAAUGAUGCGAGCCAGACAAUUCUUGACCAAGUAAGUAACGGGCAACAGGGCAGUGUUAACCGGUGGUAAACCAAAGUCACCAGUUUUCUACAAAACGAGAGCUUGUGGGUAUUUUUAUGACCGAAUAAUACGAAGAGAAAUUUCUGAAGUUUGUUGCUGUCCCGCUUCGACACAAGACUGCGCAUCAUGCGGUCCAAACGCAGGCCGAGUGAGAGAGGAAAAAAUUGAAAUUCUUCUUGCUGAUAAUCUAAAAGUUGAAUGAGGGCGGGUUAACACUAACGAAGGCGGACAUGAACUUCGGCGUCCCCGCGAACUCGCUGCUUCUUCUACGUGCCUGCGAUGAGGGGGACUACGAAACGGCUCGGGGGAUCCUGGAGCCCGGAGCCUCGAAAGACUCUGGGAGGCAGAGCAGACUGCGCUCGGACGCGGGCUCGGAGUGCAACACGGCAGACUUGUUGUUGUCUCUUGUACCGGUGGACUGCACGGACGAGGAGGGAAACACCGGCCUGCAGUUUGCCUCGGCCAGCGGUCAUGAAAACUUGGUCCGUUUUUUGCUUCGAAAGGGAGCCUCAGUGGACAGCCGUAACAAUUAUGGCUGGACGCCCCUCAUGCAGGCUGCCAGAUUUGGUCACCUGACCGUCGCCCAUAUCCUACUGGAGAAUGGGGCAGACAUGAAUGGACGGAACAGGCUGGGUGCAAGUGUCCUGACUAUGGCCGCGCGUGGGGGACACACGCAUGUCGUGAAGCUUCUCCUGGAGAGCGACGCCUUCGUCGACGACUUUGAUCAUCUGGCAGCGGCUGCAGAGGCAGUCUCCAAUGGAAAUAACAACAACAGCUGCAGCGCGGUCGGUUUCGGAGCCGGCGAAGGCUGCGCAGGAGGUGGCGUGCGCGAUUUCAUGGAUGUUACAGCACUGAUGGUGGCGUCUCAGCACGGCCACGAAGCCACAGUGCGUCUGCUGCUGGAGUGGGGCGCAGACGUCAGUUUUGCACAGAAGACCACCGGCUGGGGUCCCCUGAUGGUGGCUGUGUUGAGUGGGAAGGUGUCUGUGGCCCAGCAGCUGGUGGAGCGCGGCGCUGAUCCGGACCAGGUUAAUGUGUUGACCAAGACGGCAUUUGAACUCGCCAUGCAGCUAAAACAGAGAGAGAUCAAGGCUUACCUGGAUUCCAUCACUACUGUACGACCACAGACUGAUGAUGAAAGACGAAGGCCAGACGUGUUCAGCGCCCUCAAACUGGGAAAUUCCCAGCUAGUCAAAGAAAUUUUGGAAGAAGAUCCCACUCAGGUGAAUUCCUCCAAUCAGGAGGGAGCGUCGCCACUGAUGAUGGCGGCAGUGAGCGGCCAGUUAGAAGUUGUGCACCUCAUGGUGGACAAGAAGGCCGACGUCAACAAACAAGAUGGAGUCCACGGGUGGACGGCCUUGAUGCAGGCCACGUAUCACGGAAAUAAAGAUGUUGUCAAAUACCUUUUGACUCAAGGGGCUGAUGUCAACCUUCGAGCAAAGAAUGGAUACACAGCUUUUGAUUUGGUCAUGCUGCUGAAUGAUCCAGACACCGAGCUGGUGCGUCUGUUAGCAUCGGUGUGUAUGCAAGUGGAUAAGGAGAGGUCCAAACACCGUGGCAGGAAUUCCGUCGGUCAUUCCAAAGGCAGGCUUGCCCUCAACAAUGCUCCUGUGCCACCUGAUGACAAAGGAGGCCUCAAGUCCUGGUGGAAUAGGAUGUCAAAUCGGUUCCGGCGGCUGAAGCUGACUCACACCCUGAGGCACGGCCUUUUGUCCAAUCGACUGGCUCCAUUCCCUGACGACGCGGAGACGUCUUUGGACGCCACGAUGAAAGCUGAUGCAAAACCUGCUGGUUCCGUCAACGCUGUUGUGGCCCCCACUGGUGCCCAGGGAGGAAGUGACAUCGGCGCCGUCUGGGCAGUCAAAAGCAAAGACACAGGUCUCUGCAGGGCGUCGUCAGAAAAGGAGGACAUGCUAAUUACCACAAUGCUUCGGAGUGGCGCUCCCCUGGCCCGGCUACCUAAUGACAAGCUGAAGGCAGUGAUCCCGCCCUUCCUGCCCCCAUCCAACUUCGAAUCAUGGAACUCGGACCGCUCGCACCUCCUCAGGGAGGGAAAAGGCGAAGCAUCCCGGCUUCCUAUGCCUCCACAGAGAAAGUUGAACAGCAGCGGCAACUCUGAUAUUACAUCAAUCAGUAGAGUGGUGAGCAGGUCCAUGAAGUUUCCCGGCAUUCCCAAAGGGCCCUCGUCCUCAUCUCCUUCCAAUUCUGGCCACUACCACUCGCCUCACUCCUCUGGGGGUUCCAAUGGCGUGGCAGGGCUCAAUCGGGACACGCACAACCGCUCAGGGGGCAGUGCAGACGGUGUUCUCGCCCAGAUAGCGGCCCAGCGGAAGAAGGCUGCCGGCUUGAUUGAUGUGAAGACUCAACCUCCUGAGAAACGGCACAGUCAAACUCUAAGUCCAACUCCUUCCGCCACCGCCGGCAUGCCAGCACCUGAUCCCAGCCUCCCUGACACCUCCUCACACCCCAAUCUGCUGACCUCUGACAUCUCCUCAAGAAGGAAGAUGGAUUUGAAGAGGAGGCCUCAGUCUGGAAAUUCAUCCACCUCUAAGAGCACAUCGCCCACUCUGACCCCGUCUCCUUCGCCCACCCCUAAGCCUCCUGGUGGGCAAGAUUCUUUGUCCUCGGCUUCUUCCCAUCCUCGCUCGAAGAGCAGCGGCGGCUCCAGCAGCGGAACCAUUACGGAUGAAGAUGAGCUAUCAAGUAUCUUAAAGAAACUGUCCUUGGAAAAAUAUCAGCCCAUUUUUGAGGAACAGGAGGUGGAUAUGGAAGCUUUUUUGACACUAACUGAUGGAGACCUGAGAGAACUUGGCAUCAAAACGGAUGGACCGAGACAACAGAUCUUGGCGGCCAUAUCAGAGCUUAACGCUGGGAAGGGCAGAGAAAGGCAAAUCCUGCAAGAAACCAUUCACAACUUCCAAUCAUCCUUUGGCAGCAGUGCCAGUAACCCGAGACCGCCUGGAGAGCCGCGCUCUCCAGCUAACUGGAUGAGGCACCAGGUUCGUUCCUCCAGUAAGAGGUAACUCUGAAAUGGACUGUAAACCACUGAAAUUAAUCCUCAAAUCCCGUUGACCCCUACGUCUAUGGACACUCAAGCGGCGAAGGUGUGGCACAGUUACUACAGAAUGUAAAAACAAGUCCCGGUACAAAUAUACUGACUGAGAAAAUGUGAUAGACACAGCAGGUUCUAAGUUUGUCAGGAAGUUUUCAAUGGCAAAACCGUGACAAAAAAAAAAAGUGCAAUUGUGAGGACAAUAAAGGGAG